AUGGUCAUGAUGCUGCAACGGGGGAUCACAUCCUUACUAUGCGACAUCACCACCCUCAGUAACCUCACCGUCAUCACAAACGCAGCCAACACCCGCAGGCUGGGCUGCUUCCAGCCCGCGCACCGCUGCAUCGACAACGUCAUUCACUCGCGUGCCGGUCCCCGUCUCCGAGAAGAAUGCUUCCGCCUCAUGGACAAUGGGAACCGCAACCUCCCGGUCAGUGACCCUGUGAUCACAGCGGGCUACUGUCUCCCAGCGCCGUACAUUAUCCAUACGGUCGGGCCGCAGCUCGACGCUGAUCAGUCCAGCCUGGGCCUUGCACAGCGCGCUCAGCUCGCCCAGUGUUAUCGCGCUGUGCUCGACCAGGUUGAAUCACUACCAAUUUCUGACGAGGAUGGCAAGACAGUCGCCCUGUGCAGCAUCUCAAUCGGGCUCUUCGCGUUUCCCGUUGACGAAGCUGCAACUCUGGCUGUUGAGGCUGUCAUCGCUGGUUGCGCCAGCAUCCAGAAAUGGGCAUCACGAACAUCAUCUUCGAUACCUUCCGCGAGGAGGACACGGUCGCUUACGCGCGACUACUCUCCCCUUUACCUUUGCCCUCAAUUCAGCACCGCGGCUGACCGGGGGCCUCCAUUGACGAAGCACGCAUCUGGUCCGGCGAAGCAGACACCGUCCUCCUCAGCUGUGGCGCGGGCCUCUCCGCCGCCACGGGACGGGACUAUACCUCCACCACCCUCUUCGCGCGACAUGGGGUCAUGA